AUGCCGGCGAAACGUCUGGUAAUGUACCACGUCCACGGUCCUACUCUGGAAAUGAUGAUGCAUACAAUGGACUCUGGAAAAGUAAAUAUAUUUAUCAUCUUGGCCUCAAACGACGGCCAAUUCUUGGUGCUUCUUCAGCCCGAUUCGCCUAAUUUAUGUACUGAUUCCUCGAUAUACGCUAGCUCUCCCGCUGCUCCCUUUGUUCCCGCUGCAGCUAGCAGCAGUCGGCCAGGCUCAUUUGCUUGUGGCGCACCAACGCCAUUUAGUCCUGCCUCAUCAAUACCUACCUGCACCUCAUCUAGACCAACAGAUAGCCAGUCAAUCGCAAAUUUUGCUUCAGCGGUACCCACAACCUCUGAAUCACGAAAAACUUCGGCCAUUGGUUCGAAUAAGAUAAUACCAACUUCGGUUUCUAGUGUCGAGGGCUCUUCAUCAUCAGUCUUAACGACGACCGCUAUUGAAAUUGUUGCCCGUUUACGCUUGGAAGAAAAAGGAGAAGCAGCCAGUUACCUAAUGUAA